UUCCCACUCUUCCCAUCACCACCCUGUCCGUGCACUUGCCUCUUCUCUUCUGCAAGGUCGUCUGGCACAGCACAUCUUCGACCGCGGCAUAUUCCUCAAUCAAUCAAAAUGUUCUCCCGUCUUGUGAAACCACAAUCUGUCGCGGGCAUCGCCAAGAGCGCCCAGAAUUUCAGCACCAGCAGCCAGAAUAAUGUUAAAGUUGCUGUUCUGGGAGCAGCUGGUGGCAUUGGUCAGCCCUUGGCUCUCCUGCUGAAGAACUCCCCCCUUGUCACAGAGCUCUCUCUGUUCGACAUUGUGCACACUCCUGGAGUUGCCGCCGACCUUAGCCACAUUAACACCCACUCCAAAGUCCGUGCUGGCAAUGGACCAGAGCAGCUCAAGGAAUCUCUCAAGGGAAUGGAGGUUGUCAUCAUCCCAGCUGGUGUGCCCCGCAAGCCUGGCAUGACCCGUGAUGACCUGUUCAACACCAAUGCCUCAAUUGUGCGUGACUUGGCUCAGGCUUGUGCUGAAGUGUGCCCCAAGGCUCUCAUUGGAAUCAUCUCAAACCCUGUCAACAGCACCGUCCCCAUCGCCUCUGAGGUGUUCCAGAAGGCUGGGGUGUAUGACCCCAACAGGAUUUUUGGUGUCACAACUCUGGACAUUGUCCGUGCUAAUGCCUUCAUCGGAGAGGCUAAGGGCCUGAACCCAACCCAGGUCAAUGUUCCUGUCAUCGGUGGACACUCAGGAGUCACCAUCAUUCCUCUUAUCUCCCAGUGCAAGCCAGCAGUUGAUUUCCCCAAGGACCAGCUGAAGGCUCUUACCGAGAGGAUACAGGAGGCUGGCACAGAGGUCGUCAAGGCCAAGGCUGGUGCAGGUUCUGCCACUCUGUCCAUGGCCUUUGCUGGUGCUCGCUUUGCCUUCUCUCUCUGCCGUGCCAUCAUGGGAGAAUCCAAUGUUGUUGAGUGCUCAUAUGUGCGAUCCAAUGUUACUGAUGCCAAGUACUUCUCAACCCCUAUCCUUCUGGGACCCAACGGAGUGCAGAAGAACCUUGGUCUUGGCAACCUGAGCCCCUUUGAGCAGGAGCUGCUGAAGGCUGCCAUUCCUGAGCUCAAGAAGAACAUCCAGAAGGGAGAGGACUUCGUUAACAAGAAGUAAUUUAUUACAGCAAGAAAAUCCUGUUAAAUUGACCCAAACUGCUGAAAAAUGGUUUGUGAACACUAAACCAAUAAAAACCAAUUUCAGUAGGCUGGAGGGAAUUGAAGUAACUAGUCAGCAGGGUGAUGGUUAGCUUCUAGAGCUAGCCUGCCAGCCAGCCAAAAUACGCGUGUAGGACCUAAGCUGGUAGAUUCAGUGGGCAGACCUUUCUGGGCAGCCUCAUAUUUGCUGUUGUCUGCAUUUUAUACUGUUGUCAAUCCAAUUAGAUUCUCAUUCCUUGAGGCUAUGACCAUUUUCAGUUUGAUACCUGUAUUAUGUAUAUAUGAACCAUGUUUUACUGAAUUAAUACUCCUCUGUACUGGUUAUUUUCAUUAAAUGAAUCUGUUUUA